AUGUUGUCCAUCCGAAGCACUCAUUACGGAGGAUGGCUAUCCUUAUGCCAGGAAAUUGACUUUACGCCUAGAAAGCUUCGACUGAACUUUCAACGUCCAGAAAAGGAGCCCGGAAUUGCAUUCGGCGUUAUGGUUGUUGCUGACUCUUAUUGGUGGAUAUGUAUGUACUUGGGAUGCACCGAGCUUUCUGUUAUCAAUCCUCAGGUUGCUAAUCCGGGCACAAAUUCUGGAAGCACGAUUGGCGGUAAUCAAGCUGAGAAUGAGUCUUCUACUAUAGAUACGGAUCAAUUGUCUCGAAUCAACCAAAUUCUAUCGGAGGGCUUUGCGAGCCUGAACACUGGACCAUCGGCGACGCACCUAUAUUCCACAGUGCUUCAGACAAACCAAAUCUUAAGGGCCAUCUUUUCAAAGGCGGAAUCGCAGAUGCACUCAGAUCUAGUUAACCUGAAAAAGAUCCUAAAUGAUGCUGACCCAAAGGGUAGCCUCAAAAUAUUUUGCACAAAUGUUGGAGCGAUAUCUACGCUUGGAUCAAGCGUCACAUUCGCACUCAUCGUGUCACAACUGCAAGACCCAACUGAAGUGUCAAAAGCACACCAUUUUGACCUUUCGACUGUCCGAAUAUUCAUCUCCAUCAGCUGGCUCCUAUUCACGAUUACGCUUGUGUUGAGCAUAUUCCUAGGUGUGUUGGAUGCCCACGGCCGCCUAUCCGAUGACUCUAUAAGGAAGUACCUGGCUCUUAUCAUCAUAUAUUUGCUGAACAUUGGGGCCUUCACAUUCCUAGCUCUAACUGUAGCGGCUUAUGUCGAUACGAAUGUAUUGGCUCAGGUCGACCGUGAAGAUACGGCCUACUCUGGGCAAAGAGUAAUCUUUCAAAAUGAUUUCCUAAGCUAG